AUGUCCUCUUUUAUCCAAAUUAAUAUUUAUAAUGAGAGUCUGGAAUCGCUGAAAUCGCGCGGAAUCUGUUUGCAAAGUUGGCUGGUGAGUUAUUUUCGAAAUAUUGCCCGUGUAGAAAAUUACAAGCCAAAUAUGAAGUGAAAACAACUAAUUUGUGUAGUUUUUGCACUCGGAAAAUAGUUUUUACAGAAAUUUUCAAAAAAUAUUUUUCUUUCAGAAAACUAUAGGCUGCUCAGAAUCGUGGAUCACAGACGUUCCGAUUCCGUUGGCCCCGGACGGCGCGAAUGGUUCGAAGCCGUUCAAAGACAAUGCUCCUGCCGAAAUGAGCUCGGCUGAGACAUUUCCGACGGGCAAUGUACCUAAAAAUCAAGAAGAAAGAGGCCAAUGGGAACAAGAAACGGUUAGUUUCUCUUUCUAGAACACCAUCUCCUAAACCUUCCGUUUUCAGAAAGAAUGGGAUGCCACACUCACGUAUGAUCCUUCUCGGACCUUUUCCACUUCCCAAGCUCCCAUGACGCCGUCGACUUCUUCCACGUUCAACUCAUCCGAUGAGCACCUCUUCAAAGCGCCCAAGAUGGAGCAGCUGGACGAAACGAACGAUUCGAGCCAGACGAAUGAACUCGAAAUGAGCAUGAUUCAGGAUCUUUGGAGUCAGAAUGUGUUCGGGAACGGAACAGGAGUCGGUUCGAAUGUUCCCACGUCACUGGCCAUGAACGGAAUGAAUGGAAUCGUAAAGACGAGGCGGAAGUUGAUGAUUGAAGAUCCCGACAUUUCGAAUACGGUGUACAGUAUUGUGUGUCAUUAUCCAGUGAGUCCUUACCUGAAAUAUCAACUGAAACCCUCAUUAUUUUAGAACUGCCACCACCAGUACAAUUGGCGUGUCAAGUACGGAAAACUCCGUCUCCUGGACCACGCCCUGACCCACUCCGACCGAAGGAUCCCGUGCAAAAUCUGCGGAUUCAAAGCGCUGAACGUCCGCCGAGUGCGCUCGCAUUACGCGAAAGAGCAUCCGAGCGAGCGGGUCCAGGGAUACGGAAUGAAGACGUUGAUCAGCGGAGAUCUGGACGGCGAGGGCGGCGGAAAUCAGAUGAACGACGAGGAGCUGAAAGAGUUGUGGCGGAAGUGCUACUCUCCGUGGAUCGAGCUGAUCGGAGAGGCCAGCGGUUAUCAGGAGGGCGAUCGGCCCCGAAGGACUCCACUGAAAAAGAAGACGGCCGACGAGGCACCGGAGCCGGAGAUGGCGAAAGUGACGAGAUCGACCAGCAAGAGAUGA